CCUCUCCGCUGAAGCCUUGCCAUAAACCCAGGGGCCCCCGUGAUAACAGGGUUUGAGAAGCCAGAAGACCAAGACAAGAGGGCCAUGAUGGAUGAAUUCUGUACUAAGUCCUGCCAGGCCACCCCAAUAGAAGACUCUCCCCAGUGGUUGGAGGAUGAGGGGAGUGACUCCUUGAAGACGACAAUGUCCCUCUCCUGCCUCCGCCUGAACCCGCACUGGGGCGAUGGCCUGCUUCAUGCGGAUGGCCACGCUGAGGUGUGGACGGAUUGGAACGCCAUGUCCAAGUUCUCUCAGUACGGAUGGAGAUGUGGCACUAACGAGGACACGUAUUCCCUCCGUACCCUAAUGGGCAACUGGAACCAGGAGCGCUAUGACCUCCGGGAGAUCGUCAAGCCUCAGCCCCUCCCUUCCCAGUUGGCUCACUACUUCGAGACAACCUACGCUGCCAGCUACUCCAGACCUCCCACUUCCAGCCCGCGGAGGUUUCAACGUGAGCCACACUGUUUCCCGGCCCACCAGCCCGAGUUGGAUCCCCCACGCUACAAGGCCACCGCACGCUCGUGUUACAUGCUGGACUACGCGGCACCCCAAGACAGCCCACCCUCGGGGGCGGCCAGCAGCCCGGAUCUGGGGCCCCCCAACUCCCGGGGAUCCAGGGCCCAGAGGGACUGCUCCUCCCUGGCGGGCAUGAGAGUGGGCUUGUGAUUGCCGCCUUCGCUCUCCUCCUUCCCCGUCACCAAAGGUAAAUAAAGGCAGACGGUCCCGCCUU